AUGGCGCCGCGGCAUCGCUUCGGAGUUCUGGUGAUUCUGGUGGCUGGUCUCUUGUUUGGGGCGGUGUAUCGUCAAACCUUCAGCAUCGCGCCAUCGCAGCGUGUACCAAGCGUAAAGCUUCAAGACUGGGAGGUGGAGGUGUCUGAAGAAGAAGGUGGCCGUGGCCUCGCUGCGGCCACCCGUCAGCGCUGCGCCGCGGCACUGCGCCGCACGGGCUUCGCCGUGCUGCGCGGCGCGUCGCUCUUCGCGGAGGCCGAGCUUCAGGCGGCGCAGCGCACGGCCACGGCAGAGCUGCGGAGGGUGCAGAAAGCCACCGAGGAGCUGGGGCUGUUGCAGAGGGCACCAUGGAUCCCAGGCACAUACAACAUUGAGAAACUCUUUGAGUUCCAAGAGGCACUCUGCUACUCCCAGGGCCGCCUGGACAUGCCCAAGCUGUUGGAUGCUGCACUCCUGAAGUCUUCCAGGUGGUACGGGCAUCCUGAUCUGCACGGCAUCACGCAGUUGGUCUAUUCUACAGCAAGCAGUCAGCAGACAGUGCUAGGCGCCCUGUGGAACUUCCCGGGCUCCGGGCCACCAGUGUGGCACCGCGAUGGCCAGCAACGGCUGCUGGUGGCCGUCACCGCCUGCGAAGAGUACCUGGAGGAGGUGGGCUUUAUCCAUGGCCAGCCGCAGACGCACAGCGCGCACAGUGGGCCCGGGAAGAGGUCGCCGGGACCGAAACCGCCUGAUCCAUCUCUCGGUGAGCUUGAUGUGGCGCUUCCGUUGAAACGUGGUGAAACGCUACUUUUCUUUUACAGCACCAAACAUGCGGCCACGCCCAAUCUGAGUGACUUGGAGCGCUGCCUGAUUUACAGUGUGUAUGGGCCUGUGGGUGUCCAUGACCAGCAGAAUCACAAGGGCUUUCUUCCCUCGAUUUUCAACAUCACUGCAGAGGACGCCAGAGAGCUGGACCAGUUUUAUCAACGUCAGGGAUAUCUCAUCAGCAACCAGAGCAACCAGGGCAACCAGCGCAGUCAGUCCCCAAGCUGGGCACCCCUGGCCCUGGCCGGCCUAGUGGCAAGUCUCAUGGAUGAUGAAGAAAUGGCCAACAGCAACCUGGACCACCUAGAUCGCCCGUCCACUUCCCCCAAGUGGCCAUGGCCAUGCAGCAUGGAGAGCCUGCAGCGCCUAGCCGCCCUACCACUGGUGGACAACGCUUGUGCCUCGCGCGCCAAUCGCGACUCGUGGAGCUACAGCGUCUUCUGCCGCGAGGUGCGUCCUGCGGAGGCGGAGGAUCCAGAUGCCAUGCUGCGUGGCCAGGGCGAGGUAUCAGGUAGCUUGGCAUCAUCAGGUCAGGAGCUUCUACCUCAGGUGGAUCCUCCAGGCUCCUCGGUUUUUUUGGGGGCGGCAGGGGCCCAGCUGAGGUUGGUGUCCAACAGUGACUGGCCGGUGCACGUGAAGCUGCUCGAGGUGGUCGCUGGAGAGCUGCUGAAACGGGCAGAUCCCAAGGCGGCCAUUGUGGCUUACUCCGAAUGGAGAUCCAAAUUCAGCGAGGGGCAAUACCUCACCCUGUUGUUCUAUCACGCCUUCAUGAUGCUGGAGGUGGAGGGCGGCUUGGCCAUCUGCACCGAGAAGUACAAUGACAAGUUGGAGCUGCUCUUUGGCGAGAAGCAGCUGCUCUCCACCUAUGCCAGGGCCUAUCGCGCCACUGGGGACCAGAGGAAGCCCAGUGCACAGCACUCACAGUGUAAAGUGGAAAGGUAUGUGUCACUGAAGGACUUGGUGGAUUGGAUCUGCGGGCCGCUGGCGAUUGUUUGGAGGCCCUACUGCCUCAUCAACAGCAACUGUCAGCACUAUGCCCGGGACUUGAUCCACUUCCUGUCGCAGGACGGCGCCGCCUUCGCCCAACUGCUCUGCCGGGAUCGCGAGGUGGUGCUGUCGGCCGUGCAGUGCGAGGGGCAACGCCUGUGCUAUGCGCAUGAAAGCCUCCAAGAUGACCGUGCCCUGGUCAUGGCCGCCGUGAGCACCGACGGCCUCGCCCUGCGCUUCGCCUCGCCCCGGCGCCGCGCGGAGCGCCACGUGGCCUUCGCCGCGGUGCGGCAGAACGGCGCGGCGCUGGAGUUCUGCGAGCGACGGCUGCGGAACGACGAAGAGUUGGUGACCGCCGCAGUGAUCCAAGAGGCUUCGGCUCUGCAGUUCGCCGAGGUGCCGCUGAAGCGUUCGAAGUCCGUGCUGCUGGCGGCCGCGGGUGGGGACUGGGCGCGGCUCUUCGAAGGAUCGCUGGCGGAGGACCGGGAGGUGGCCUGGACAGCUGUGGGGAUCGACUGGAAGGCCGCCCAGUACCUGUCACCAAGGUUGCAUGAUGAUGCUGACUUCAUGCACCGUGCCAUUGGCUUAAACGGCUUGGUGAUCCAAGUGGUACCAGGUUUGUGCGCUCAGCGAGCCUGUGGCCUUUGUGCAGUCAGGCAGAAUGGCCUCGCGCUGCAAUUUCUUUCGGAGGAGCUGCGCAGCGAUGCAAAGCUGGUGCGUGAAGCUGUUGGACAGGACGCCAUGGCCCUGGAGUUUGCGUCCCCAGAGCUGCGAAGUCAGCGCGAUUUGGUGCUGGCGGCUGUUGUGGGACAUGGCCAUGCACUGCAAUUUGCAUCUGAUGAGUUGAAGGAGGACCCAACUCUGAUUCUCACAGCUGCUCGGCGCUAUCUCUUCGCAGAUUGGCCCUGGCUCUUCAGUUGCGCUGCGCUUCGUGACAGCCGCUCAGCGGCUUUGGGCGCCGUGCGCGCGGACCCGACCGUGAUGCGGUGCUUGGUGCCGGACUGGUGGAAUGAUCGCCGUGUGGUGCUGGCAGCAGUGCAGCAGCAGGGGAUGCUGCUGGAACUGGCCCAGCAGCUGCAGGCUGACCGGGAGGUGGUGCUGGCAGCAGUGAGGUCGGAUGGCAAGGCAGUGCAACUCGCAGACCAGCAGCUGAGGAUGGAUCCAGUGGUGCUGAGCAGCGCAGCUCGCAGAUGGUGGGCCUUUGAUUGGUCCGUUUUGGGGCCACUGACGUGCGACAAGUCCGUGAUGCUGGCAGCUGUUGAGCUUGACUGGCGCGCCUUGGAAUUUGCCAGUGAUGAUUUGAAGGAGGACCUGGAAGUGCUGUGUGCUGCCGUGCGCAAGAGCCCUUUGGCCUUGCGCUGGGCCUCCGAUGCCAGAGAUGUGAAGGAUGUGAUGCUCCAAAUCGUGCAGCUCAGGGGCGCUGCAUUGCAGUUUGCCUCGGAGCGUUUGAAGGACGACAUGGAUGUGGUAUUGGCUGCUGUGCAGCAGGAUAGUCGUUCCCUGCAGUUUGCCUCCGAACAGCUUCGCUCACAUCCGGACCUGCUGGCAGCUUCCCGCUGGCUUCGGAGUUUGCCUUCGCGCUGGUGGAAAAGGGAUAUGAAGCCCCUGACGAUCACCGUGCUGGAACCGGAUUACAACGAGGAACUGAAACGCUUCGUGUCGGUGGAUGAACUGACCAGCUUUGUGCUGGCUGUCGUGGGGCCCAAUGACUGGGCAGACCCUGGCUUUGAUGGCGGAUUCGAGGAGAUGUUCGGAUCACUGCUGCAUCCCGAGGAGGCGAAGGCGGAGAAGAAACGACGUGCUUCGAGAUGGUCGAGGUUGGGCCCCCAGGAUGACGAUUCCUUGAGGCGGGCCCAGGGGCCAAUCACCCUAAAAGGAGAUAAAAGGAGGCGGAGUACCUGA